GCUCAGACGGGCGAUUAUGAAGCAGAAAUUCGCAUAUUAUUUUUUCGAUUAAAAAAAUAAAAAUAUUUGUAGCCUCAGAAUAAUAACGCGAGAGUUUGUAAGUUGCCUCUAGUUGGCAGUUCCAGCAGUGACAGGCAGAGCGGAUCCGCGCAUGACCCAGCAGCCCGUACUGUAGACUCCUACUGUACACGGCCAGCAUAAGAGCCGUAUGAAAAACAGGCUCAAGCCUGAGGUAAGGAACCGGAGACUGCGCCCAAAAUAACCGUCGAAGCAGUGCCUUUCCGACCGAGCUCCUCCGCUUUUCUGAGGUGUUUUUUUCACCCUAGCCAACUCGGUCGUAGCUGUCGAAAAAUGACUGCACUAAACAUAUUUUCGUGCCUCCCUUUUGCUACGGCGCGAGGAUUUUUUUUGCCUCCUCCUUCGUAUUAAAGUCGCCAUUUUGCUUCACUGCCUAUAAAAGCGUCUUGUAGUUGAUUAUUUUCCGUGCGAGUCGGUAACGUCGCUGAUUUUUAUUUCCUUCGUGGUCGUUUGUGGAGGUUUUUGGGGAUUUUUUGGACCAUGUCUCGACUUGGUGUGUUUUGGAGGAGGUGAAGAGAGGGACUUCGCGCUUUACAUGUUAAUGAAGAAGAGGAGCGACGGACGGAGUGUGGGAACAAGGUGAAAGUGUUCGGGCUUUGGGUUAAUUUGCGUUUCCUUUCCACCUCUCUUUGCUCUUCCUCACCUCCUCCUCCUCCUCAUCGUCGUCCUCCUCCUCCUCCUCCUGCUGCUGCUGCCUGCUGUGGAGCCACAGUGGGGGGCUGUGAGGGUGCUCGGUGGUCGUGAGGAAGUAGCCGGCAGUGGACCCCCCCCCACACACACACACACACCAGUCCAGGCGGAGUUGCCAUGUAGCGCCGUGAGGGAGCUGUGAGAAUACAGCCUGAAGCGCACGUGGGUGACCCGGGUGGCUCGGGCCGGCCGAGUGUUUGGGUGGCUCCAGCGUUUCAGGCAUGGACACCUCCAGCAGUACCCGGUUAGUUAAGCCACCCUCGGGCAUGUCCAAAGGACGCCCACCCAAACAGUCUCACCCGCCAGAGACAGCAAGGAUGGGCAGCACUGAAAACGACAAUCAUGGUUCCUCCUGCAAUGAGAGGUCAGAGGGGAAGAAGAAAGGGCGCCCCCGUGUGGAAGUGCAGGAGCUGCGCAGUAUCCCUGCCCAUAUGAUGGUUCAGUGGAAAGAGGAAUUUAAGAGUCGUUCUCGUGUGAAGUGCCCGAGUUCAGGCUGCUGGCUGGAGUUCCCCAGUAUUUAUGGGCUUAAAUACCAUUAUCAGCGCUGCCAAGGGGCGACCAUGGCGGAGAAGUUGAGUCACGGCUGCCCGUACUGUGAGGCCGUGUUUGCCACUAAAGUGCGUUUGCAGAAGCACAAGCUGUGGAACCACCCGGAAAGGGUCACCAUGGAGACCAAGGCUGUGGUGCCCAUGGAGACCAAGUCCGAGCCUAAACACGAGGCCAAAGUGCAGAGAGGCACCAUAAAGGGAAAUUCCAAAAAGAGGCCUAUGGAGAACAGCCCCCCCUCACCAGUAUUCUUCAAGGUGAAGAAGACCCAGGAAGUGUCCCAGCCUGCACAGAACGGGGAGUGUGCCCCCCAUAGGCUUGACAGGAAGCAGCAGCACAGCUCCCAUCAAAAGCAGCAGCAGCAGCAACAACAGGGGCCUCCCUCAAACACCACAGGGAGUGAAAGUGAGGGAGGAAGUCUGCCUCCACCCUUCCCUGAAGAAGACCCCGAGAGGAUGAAGCAUAGGAGGAAGCAGAAAACUCCAAAGAAGUUCACUGGGGAGCAGCCCUCCAUCUCUGGGACAUUUGGCUUGAAAGGGAUGAAUAAAGUAGAAGAAAAGCUAAAAGCAGGCAGAGCAAAACGGCCAGAGGGGGCCGUGUUCAAUGAGGAGCCCCAGAGGAAGCAAUUAGUUACAGCUCCAUCCAGGAGAGAACCUCCCUCCCAUACUCAAGCAGCCCCUGCUGAAGCUCAUUGGCAGCACACAAUCUCAGAACGGGGUGAGGUGUGUUGCCCCACUUGCUCUGUCGUCACCCGCAAAACCGUCCCUGGCCUCAAGAAGCACAUGGAGAUCUGUCAAAAGGUCAGUGAUCAGCUUCAGGAUGCACUGAAGUGUCAGCAGUGUCACAAGCAGUUCAGGUCCAAAGCUGACCUCAAUUACCAUGUGAUGGCUGAACACACCACCAAGCAGCCCUCUGGGAGUGAGAAUGAGGGAGGGGAGGAGCAGAAGGAGAGAGAGAAGCUCUGCCGAGUUCUCAAACAGAUGGGCAGAAUCAAGUGUCCCAGUGAGGGCUGCUCAGCUCACUUCUCCAGUCUGAUGGGCUAUCAGUAUCAUCAGAAGCGCUGUGGUAGAGAGCUGUCAGACACUGAGAAGCCUGUGUUCCUGUGCCAGCACUGUGGAAAAACUUACCGCUCCAAAGCCGGCCGAGACUACCACAUGCGCUCUGAACACACCCUCACCACAACACCCACACGCCCGGUUUCUGUCCCUGAGGAGGUGAAGUCAGCCUUUAGGAAAGAUAAAGAGAAGCCUCCAGCAGAGCAAACAAAAAUAGAGACCAUCCAAAAGAAGAGCCUGGUGAAACUGAAGGAAAGAAUACAGGAGAAGAGGGAAGACAAAAAGGAGGAGAGUAGGGAAGACAAGAAAGAAGUAAGGGUGGAGGCGGAAGAGUUGCUGGACUUGGAGCGCACUCCCAGCGGCAGGGUGAGGAGGCGCUCAGCUCAGGUGGCCGUCUUCCACCUGCAGGAGAUUGCAGAGGAUGAGCUGGCCAAAGACUGGGGCACCAAACGCCGCAUCAAAGACGACCUCGUACCUGAUAUCAAAAGGCUAAACUAUACACGUCCAGGCCUUCCUAACUUCAGCCCCGAAACUCUAGAGACCUGGAAAAAUGAAGUAAAGGAGAAAGGCUUCAUCUGUUGCCCAAAUAGUAGUUGUGAGGCUGUUUACUCAAGUGUGUCAGGACUCAAAGCGCACCUUGCAAACUGCAACAAGGGAGGGGGGGAUGUGGGGAAGUAUACAUGCUUGCUAUGCCAGAAGGAGUUCAGCUCUGAGAGUGGAGUGAAAUACCACAUCAGCAAGACACACUCUCAGAAUUGGUUUCGAGCUUCUGGCCAUGUGGUACCUAACAGCAAGAUCAAAGAACCACAGAGCAACGGGCUGCAGAAAGACAUGAAAAACGGAGUGCCUGGGAAGAAGAGGGGUCGAAAACCCAAAGAGCGUCCCCCUGAGACCACCUCCAUCCCAGCAAAGACUUCGAGCACUUCUGGAACUGCCCUUGCUCCAGCUCCCACCCAUCUUCAAUGCCCAAAUCCAAACUCAACUCCAACUGCUACUCAGCCCCCGGCACCUGCCACCUCCUACAGCACCCCAGCCCCAACAGCCACGCUUGUGAACAGUGGAAGUCUAGCCCAAACUAGAGACUUGCAGCCCCCCAUGAAGAAGAGGGGCAAACCUAAGAAAGUGCAACUAUCCGAAUAACAUGGCUUUCACUACUUCAACACCAGACAGGAUGCUGUUAGUCAUACGCCAGUAAAUUAAUGAAGCUAGGCUGAAUCUCCGCCACACAGGUGAAGGAUUACACAGAAGAUAGAGGUGAUAGAGAAUAACAGAAGGAGGAUAGCAAGAGAAAACAACAGCAAUUAGCUCUUGUAUUAGUUUCACACUGAUGUUUUUUUAAUCCGAUAUAUACAUAUACAGUAUAUGUGUCUACUGGUAUAUGCUGAUAUAUAAUAGUCCUUUUUCAUUCCAUUUUUAGAGUUCAUUUCAUUGAUUAAGCUGUUCAGACAAAUGGGGUUAAUUCUAAUCAAUGCUGAGAUCCCACUUUACAUAUAUAUAUAUAUAUAUAUAUAUAUAUAUAUAUAUAUAUAUAUAUAUAUAUUCUUUAUGUAAACAGAAAUGUUUUAGAGCAAAGCUCUCAUUUUAGAUGGAAACAUUUCGAUAUGUCCAGUAGUUUCAUGUUGUGUUUUGAAAGGUUUUUUAUUAUUAUUUGAGAAAAAAAGGACAUCCAAGUUAUUUGAUUAGCAUGGUGUGCUAAUUUACGACUGGUGUUUUAUCACGGAUAUACUUUAUUGUGUAUAUAUACAAUAUCUAUAUCUAUAUAUGAAUACUGUAUAUACAGAGGAAUUCAAUUUUUGUCCAUUGUUUUCCAGCAAAGUCAGUCAGAUUUAUUCCAUUUUCUUUGGUGAUCAUCGUUUCAUUUGUUUUCUCCUCUGGUGUAUUGGGGUUUGUUAAAGGCAGCUGAAUGGUGGGGCAGAGUUAGAUAGCUGUUGGAACAGUCUGCUUUCAGUGCAAUAGUGUCGCUUUUGUGGUUCAUGUCUAGUCUCUUGCUCGGAAUCAUAAGAGGACGAAGCUUGCAUCCCUGUGUAAAACUCGCUCCCUGUUUCAAGUAGUUGUAGUGUACAACAGUUGGUCUUAGGUCAUUGUUAACACCCUCAGCUGCUAGGAAAAUAGGUUUUAAUAUUUUGUGCUCUCAUUUUUUUAACAGCUAACAUCUAAAUAAUGGCAGUGACCGUGGAGUUAAACAGUAAACAGUAAUAGUAGUUCACAAAGAGAGCACAGCUUUGAGGUUUACCCUGCACUGGUCAGAACCCAAACUGCAAGAAAAAAUUAAGCUUCUUUGAUAUAGAAAAAUCCACUUUGACGUCUAUGUCAUUCGUCUGUACUUAAGCUAAAAAUAGAUCAAAGAUUACAUACACUUACUCUGAAUGCUCUAAAUUUUUAUUUGUAGCUCUAAAUGAACAUCUAAACACCCAAAUUCUUUCUUAGAAAAGACAUCUCUUAUAUAAAUCAGCUGCAUGUAUGUAUAUAUAUAUAUAUAUAUAUAUAUAUAUAUAUACACAUAUGCAUAAGCUAUAUAUAAGCUAUAUAUAAGCAUAAGCUAUAUAUAAGCUAAAUAAAUAUUUUAUCCUUCUUGAAAUGUACACUCAAAUGCUCAUUCUAUAUGACCAUGAAUUGGUUUGUUUAGGGCUGUGGAUAGUUUUGGUGGAGAGUCAUUUUGAGGCAUGCAGCAGUUAAAGACUGCACAUGAAGACCUUAGUGACGAUAUGCAAUAGUGAGAGUGUUUUACCUGGCUGAUGGAGAUGAAAGGUGAAGCACUGAACAGCACAAUCAGGAUGUUUACUACAGGAAUUCAAUGAUAAGUUACAACGGAGGCUUGAAAUGAGAAAGAUUUGGAAAAAGAUGAAUUAUAGCUUUGUUUCAUAAACUGUUGUUUGGAUAUCUGUCAGUGAUCCUGUACAUAACUAUACCUGAUAUUCUGAUUAAGGUCUGUUGAGGGAAAAACCAAGAAACAAACAAAAAAAAUGAAAAAAAAAAUACGCUCGUCUUGCACUUUAACCCCUCUUCCCCUCCCUUCCUCUUAUCUUGCACUUUGCAGGAACUGUUAGGCUUCCACCCCUCAUUCCAUCAACCUUAAUCAAGUGGCUAAGGUUAGACAAUGUCUUUGAAGCUCAUCUGGGACUGAAUUGGGAUCUUAAAGGGCCCAUAUCAUGGAGAACUGAAUUUGUGAAAUAAAAGAGUUUAAUGUAUGAUGGAAUCAUUGUUAAAGUUUCAAAACUUACCAUCCACUCACCAGUUUGUAUACAGUUUAUAUAUGGAAGCAAAACUGCAAAAACAGACUGUUUGUAAUUCACAGAUAUUCACCGCAAUUCACAGACAUAUUUUCAAAUGGUCACUAAUUCAGCCGGCAGCAGUUCAGCCCACCCUUUCACAUUGAUUGUUCUACUGUGUAUAUGAGCCUAAUGUUUUUUGAAGGCACAAUACAGAACGGCCAGUUAAAACACAGGUCAUUUACGUGUAUCACUCUUAAAAGCACAGAAACAGAAAGAGCUUAUCCAAUUCUAAGGAAUAAAGAAAGGUUGUAAAAUGGUCACAACUGUUUGUAACUAAAGGCAUACACACAAUGAUAUCAGAAAAAUAUAGAUAUCAGCAGAUAAUCGCUGAAAAAGAAGUGAAAUGACAUUGGAUAAAUGUUUAGAUUUGACUGAUAUUUCAAACAAUGUAAUUUGACAGAAGAGCAGAACGUUUAGGUGGUGCUGGGCUACUUUGCUAAAAUAGCUGCCUUUGUAUUACUUUUACUGCAUCUCUAAUAUGUAUUUUAUGAAUGUUUGUAUAUCAGCAUUACAGGCACAUACUUGAAAAAUAUCAGAUAUCAGCAUUGGCCUACAGUUCCCACAUCAGUGCAAAAUUCAGUGGGGAAAAUAACAUACAAACCAAUUAUAGAUUAUAGGCCCUUUAAACAUUUCAAAAGCCAGUCUCAGAUCACAAAUAGGCAUUUUCAACCAACUUCCACCAUGUGGGAGAAAUAGUGCUAGGUGCAAGGACUGCUAGUCCUCCAUGUCCCAGUGUAUGAAACAUGUCAAAAGUAAAAUGAAAUGAAAUCUUAAGCCAUAAGUGUCCCUGUGAAGGUGACUAAUGGAAGCGGGUGUGUCUUCCUUGGUUUGUAAACGGUGUUGAAAAUUGAAAGGAAUAUCAAAUGUUUCUCUUUCUUUUGUUUCAACAGAUGACUAUUUAUUCCAAGACCCUGAUUAUUCUAACUGAGGUACUUGAAACCAUGAACAAAUUGCCAUAAGAAUUAUUAUCUGACCAUAGGUCGCCAAUAGAAAAAAAUGCUAAAUUAUGAAAUGUAUAUUUAUAUCUAUUGAGCAAAAUGUAAUAAGCUCACUCAAAGUGGCACACCGAGUUUAUUUUAUACUUUUCUUGUAAAUACGAUCGUAAUAGCAAUCUCAUAACGCUUUGAGUAACCUAGGUUUGAAACAUCAAGGUCAGGCAAAAAGGUGCUAGUAGCCGUUCUACCUUAAGGACUAUCAAGUGUGACGUAAACCGGUCAAUCUGCUUUGCCAUCAAGCCCCACUUUGUGGACACGAAAUACCAAGUUUUAUUUCAGAGCCAGACGGAUUGUUCCAUAGCAUCACUACCACACUAUGGUUCUGUAUGGCAUUAAUAGAACACCUUUAACACUUUGAUUGUCCCUUGUUUGGUUUGGCUCCAGCUAAAUGUCAUAGCAAGAACCUUGUGAAGAAAGGACCAUGCGAAAUAUGUCAUAUAUGCAUGUAAUGCCGUCUGGUCAGAGUUCUGUUUCGUAACAUUACUGCAUACAUCUUUGGCUACAAAUUGGCAGCCAUUAGACACGUGCUGUCUUUUUUUUCUCCACAGCCAACAUAAUCUAGAUGGAGCAGCACACUUUACAUUUUGAAAUCGUGUCUUGUCGAAUGUAUCUUUUGCAAUGUCACAAAAUACUGUUUCUUUGCUCUUUCAUGCUGAAUGGUAUAAAGGCUGCCGUGUGUUGUUUUUUUUGUAAGGAUAUCGUUAUGUCUUGAGUUCAACAAUCUGUCUUCCUAGAUUAUGUGGUGUACACAUAUGCAGCAGUUUUGGGCCUAUAUUGCAACAGAUUUUCAUUUGAAUUGACAGCAAUACAACAUAAUCCCUAUAUGUAUCAGCUUUGCAGUUGAAGGCACUGUUUAGAAUAUAAUUUCCAAAGCUCAGCGCAAAAUUGUAUCCAUUUUCUCUUGCUUGUUUGCUUCUUUCCUCACGCCCACCAUUGCUUCAAACCAGUUGAAUUAUAGUCACGCUUUUCUAUACGGUUUAAAGUACAUGUUGAAAAUUUUGUCUUUUGUUAAAGGAAAAAGGGGUGUGUGCGUCUAAGUGUGUGUGUGCGUGCGCAUGGGAGUGUGUAUUUUCUGUAUUUAGUGCACUUGCUAUCCCAUGAAAUAGGCUUGAAUUUGAAGUGUUGGAGUGGUAAUAGAGAUUUUGGUGAUUCUUGGCUGUGCAGUGUGACUUUUGUACCUGAAGGGGUCUGUAGGUGCCCCCUAGCCAGUUUUUAAAGUAGGUUUUCUUUUCAUUACUUCUCGUUUCAUAUGGAAUAGAGACUGCAGAACUAAACAUUCGACCCACACACAAAGCCCAUUGAUUAUAAAGAUCGUCAAGAAGUUUACAAGGGGGUGUAAUAAUGUGAGAUUGGACAUGAAGAUUAAUGAAUUAAGGUACUUAAGGGUAGUCCAGUUGAGGACAAAAAAAAGGUGUUUUAUUAAAAAGAUUACAAAGUCUAUUAACAAAUAUCUAAUGAUGGUAGUAACAGACGAGAUGUCUUAUGUCUUCAUUGAAGUUUUUAUCUAGAUUAUCAGCAGUUCUAAAUCUAAACCAUUAUUAUUCUUUUACAAAAUUGUAUUAACUGUGCAUUAGUACCCCUCUAAAUGAUUAAUAAAAUGUUGUUGACUAAA